CGGGGUCGGCUGGCCGGUCCGAGUCAAAAGAAGCAGCGGGUACCGGGAACUAUUUUCAUGAUGUAUUUUUGCGUUGGGGAGAUGUUAAUUAUAUAACGGGUUUGCCCUAUAUAUACAUUGGGUAAGGGCAAACCCGUUAUAUACAAUAAACAUCUCCCCAAUGCAAAAAUACAUCUUGAAAAAUUAUCAACUCCUCAUCUGUUUUUACUGCAAGAUGUCCGGAAAUAUUUUUAUUUUGUUAGCUUGUAAGACUUGGACCUUCAAACGUUUUGCAAUUUUCCCCUUUUCAAAGUAUUCAGAUGUGAACAUUAAGUAUUUUGUUGCAUUGAAAAUCAUUCCUCCCCCCUUUUUUCGGGGGGGGGUCAUUUUUGUUUUGUUAUUUCAAAAUAUAUUUGCAGUGAUUGCCAACCAUCGUAUGGAUUCUUAUACUUCUGGGUAAACAGAUAUUGAGUGUUCAGAUACAGAGAUGAAAUUUGAAAAGGCAUUGAUUGCUAGCUGUAAGUUUACUAAAACUUGGAUUUGCGAGUUUAUGGGGUAUUUCAAAUAUUUGUAUGUUUUAUCUGUAAUUACAGUUCAAACUCUGGUUACAUUCUAGGAUUAAUGGCUAUUAUGGACGAUUCACAGUAGUGCGCCUCCAAGAGUUUACAACGCAUUGGCUAAUCACAAUGGGCGAAAUCUGUUGACCUUUUCCAAAUGCGUAUUGGGUCAACAGAUAUCUCACAUUGUGAUUGGCCAAUGUGUUGCAGACUCUUGGAGACGCACUUUUGUGAAACGCCCGUAUUGAUUUAACUGUUUGGAUUGCAUGCCAGCUACAUUUGAUAAGAGACUUUGUAAGCCCUUGUAACAAAAGGUUUCAAAGUCUUGGUUGGACUGGAGACAUGGGAAACUUGAAACUAUUAUUGACUGUUGUAAUGUGGGAUAUAGCGUUUGUUACACCAGAGGGAUCAAUGUGCUGUGCAUCUUUGAUGGGGUAGGGUAAAAAAAAUGUAUCCCAUAUCAUGGCAAUCAAUGGAUGAUUUAUUCCAGUUGUUAUCAAGUUGUGACUUUGAGCUUUGCAGGAAUAUGUACGUGACAUUUGGAUAUUGUGGCAUUUUGCCAUGGGAUACAUAGGUUCCUUAUACAAGGCAAUGUAUUGGAUUUCAUGUACAGCAACACUAGUCUGUUUUUAUAGACUUGUCAUGUGACCUUUUUUGACAAAUUAAAUUCAACUAAAACAUGAUUUGACUUUGUAUCACAUGAUUGUGUCCUUAAUUUGCAUUGAUUUCUUUGCAAGUAAAAUGUUAUUUUCAUGUUAUUUCAAUGCAUUUAAUGUGAUUGCAUUAAUCUUCUAGUUAACUCAAAGUGGCUCAAUUUGGCUGAAGUCCAUCACCUUUGUACAGAAAGUGAGAUUUAAAAGAAUUAGUUUCAUAACUUGUUCUUGAAUCUGUGUAUCUGGUGUCAUUUUUUAUUUUGGUUUAUGUGCUUUUUUUUUUCAAAGAUUGUUCUUUUGUACAUUUUGAGUGGGGGGAGGGGUGUCUGGUUGUGGGACAGGCAUCUACCUGAAGAGAGAUAGGAAGCAUGAGGGUGUGUUCCAGUGCACCUAUGUCACAUUGUCAUUAUGUAACCUUUUUGGAAAGGGUUACAAAUCAGGCUUUUCUCAGCUUUCAAACCAGAAUAAAAACAAGGAUUGCAAUAAAAACAUCUGAGAUUGGACCUCUAGCAGAAUAGAAACAAACUUGCAAAAUAGAGUUGGUGUCAAGAGUGCUGUGGCAACCCAAUGUUUUUGAUGGGGAAGCUGGAAUAAAGUUCCCCUAAACGUUAUUUUAGCAAAAAAUGCUCCAAAAAGUUGGACAGAAAAGUAGAGAGAAAUACCAUUUUGACAGGAUCCAAAUGUUAAUGUCACACACACAUGAAGAUUUCAAGCAAUAAAAUUCAUCAGUGUCUUUUUUAUAGCUGCUUAUAAAACUAGGCAUUAACCUCACAAUAAUGGCAUCUGUUAAAUUAAAGUUUUUCCUUUUCCAUCCAUCAGACAUCAUCUUAACAUUUUGCUGGUACCGGGGUUAUCGGUUUGUGAUCACCAGAAAAACAUACUGUCAGGAAAGAAAACCAAGGCCAGUAGAAUAAAUGACAAAUACGACAAUUGUAUCUCAAAUUGUGGAUUAAACUGCAUAUUAAAAAUGUACAUUUAACUUCCAUAAUUAAAUAAUUCAUGUCCGUUUUGAUUUAUUUAUAUUACAAAGUAUUCUACCCUGCUUUGAAUGUAAGAAAUGUGCCAAAUAACUUGUGUCCUUUGCUUAAAAAGCAUGUUCAACAUAGCUAGGGGAAAUGUGCAACUCCAGGGAUAAAUUGGCUACCGAAUUAAGUCAUAUGUGACAUUUUUGUUACAUAUUUUCAAAUGUUAAAAGGGCUUUCCGUUAGGAAAAGUCAAUUUAUAUUGCAUUGGUUUCUAUUUAUUAUUUUCUAAAUUGACCUUAAUCCAAUGUCUUGUCUUAAAAUGUGUCUGUAAUUGUCUCAACUAUUUGGCUGUAUAAAAAAAAUUAUUUCUUUCUGAAUACAGCAAACAUUCCUGAGGAUGAACUUCCAGGUUGAUAAGAUUUAAGACUGUUACAGCAAGCAAUGAUAAGCUUUGUGUGAUUUUCUGCUGUGGGAUAUAGUGUUACAGUCUUACUCAGGUUACUAGCUAGCUCCAGUUACCUGAGAACUGAAUGAUGAAAUCUCAAAAUGGAAGCCUCUUCAGUAUCUAUCGAUAAAAGUCAGUUCCAAAUUAGCUGACCACUCCAAAAUGUAAAUACAAAUGACUUGAACCCUGUGUUGCAAAACAACUAACAUGAAUAUUUAAGUUGGUAUUUGAUGAUACUGCAAUGUGUAAGUUGGUACCAGCAUGUUUGCGGGUGUUGGAGAGAAGACAGGUUGGCCUGGGACUAUAAUGAAUUGUUCAACUGAUCUAGCUGCAGGCAAUAUAUGAAACUUAAAACGCACCUGAACAAUGUGCCACAUCUAUGGCGAUUGUGCUGUAUGAUUCAGUGCCGUGCUGUGUUUCUUUGGCUUGGCUAGAGAAUUUAAUUAACCAGACCUCCGAGAUGAUAUAUACAAAUGACAAAACCAUACCCAGUCUGAUUUGCAGGUUUCUGGGGAUCCAGCAACCAUAGUGAGCAGCAUGCGUGACGGCUGCACAUCUCACACAGUGGUUUAAUUUAUUUCAGUUUUCAAACAGCUGCUAGUAAUAAACAAUUGCAGAAACUCUGGACAACAGCUGUGGUUCCAUAAGAGCAAAUAAAUAUGGAAUAAAAAAAUAACAAACUCCUAUGAGAAAUCAUUCACUAGAGUGAGCAGAUUGAAAUAUUUCAGAAUGGAUGCUGAUGAUGGUUUAGAUCUUGGUGAAUUGGACACCACGGAGUAUGUCUACAUCUCCACCACUUGUUUGAUGCUCAUCACAACACUGUUGCUGAACAUUGCCAUGGGUUGUGUUCUCGAACCACGGGACUUCCGACGCCAGUGGAACACCUUAGGAGGAACAUUGGCUGGGGCUUUGUUACAAUACCUGGUGUUCCCUGCUUCUGCCUUCCUGAUUAACCACUUGAUGAACCUGCCUGGGCACUACAGCAUUGCUAUGACACUAACAGCUGCUUGCCCAGCCAGUGCCUUGACUGCUUUGGUGACUUUUUACAUCAAUGGAGAUGUGUGCUUGAGUUUCUGUUUGACAGCCGUCAAUAGUGCCGUUUCCAUUGGCUUUGCACCUGCCAUGCUCCAUCUCUACUCACGUAGCUGGACACAUCAAACGUUGCACAUUGCCCUUUGGCCUUUGAUUUCAGGAUUGGUGUUGCACAUUGUAUCACCAAUCAUUGGCUACUUCAUCAAAAGGAAUUCAGCAUACGUGGCCUGGUUUGUUGAAAAGAUCUGCACUGUGAUUGGUCUGUUGAGUUUUGUCAGUGAUUGCAUCCUUCAAGUGGUUGCCUUUGAGAGGUACAUGCAGCACACCACCAUUGGUAUGGUCUUUGCAAUCCUCCUCCUCCCAUCUCUUGGCUGGAUCUCCGCCUACCUCUUAGCUUGGCUCUUUCAUCAAAACAUCUGGAAGCGUCGCAGUAUCUGUGUAGAGAUCCUACUUCACAAUGUCUCCCUGGCUAUGUUAAUUCUUGGCACAACUUUCCAUGAUUUUGAGGCCAAGCUAGAUGUAGCGGCUGUACUGGCCCUGUUUAACCCCAUCAGCGGUUUGUAUGGUUUAAUCGUUGUUGUGGCUUACAACCUGCGAGCUCCUUGGAGCAAAUCUGGCAGCGGACGGCUUCUGAGAGCAGGAGAAGUCCAAGACUUGCAUCCAACUAUGAAUGCAGGCGAAGACUCCGAGGAGGAAAUUAACACAACUCCUAACAAGAAAGAAGUAAAUCUGACGAGAGCAGGUACAACAGAGAAACCACCUGCAGCUAUGGUCUGGGGACCAAUAACCGUAUCAACGAGCCAUGGCCAAGAUAAUCCAAUGAAGCAAAAUUCGACCGUGUCAGUCAAGGCACCUGAUCCACCUCUGGCUUUAGUGCAGGGUCCAAUCCAAGUAUCUGUUAUAUAGAAGAGUUCAACUCCGAUAUUGACUUCCAGAUCCACGUCUUGAAAUCAGAGGACAUCAAGUGUUUGACAAGAUCGAGUGCAGAUUUUGACUGAGAAUUUGCCUCCCAGUGAGAUGACUGAAUACGCUGUAAUCAAGGCAUGGACCACUUUCUUAACACCUCCAUAAAAUCCAAAGGGCAUUUAUUUUCUGACACUGCCACCUGCUUUGACUGAGUUUGCUUUCUUUCCUUACUGCGGCAGACUUCUGCUUUGCACAUUUUACACGGUAAACCUGAUUUUUCGUACAUAAAACUUC